CAAGCUACCUGUGACAUCAAGAUCAAGGUCAAGAUCGGGCAGGUUUUGUUUACACUCGAAGAAAAAACUAAAUUCAUGGCACAUUUUCCUCUUUCUUGACCUUCCCGAGCCCCGCCGCGCCGAGAUGAAGCUCCAGAAGUACAGCGAGAUCGUGGCGGCCAUCAGUGAAGCCUGUAACAAGGGCGAUGGAAGCUCCGUGGGGGUUUUAAUGAAGAAAUUCCCGGAUGUCGACAAGACCACGCUGGGCAGCAUCAGCACACAGGAGGUCCAGAGGAAGGUCAAAAAAAGCUUCCACCGCCUCAACACGCCAGAAAAGUCCUCAGAAAUAUUCCACAGCUACACGGCGCGGGUGGAGGAGGGCGAGGCGCCGGGGGUGCUGGUGCGGAUGGCCCACGAGCUAGACUACAGCCCCGCCAUGCUGGCCAAGCUGGUCCUGGAGCACCACCUCAAGGCCACCUGUCCAGACGUCAACAUCACCAAGUCACAAAUCAACGGACUUCUGCGAGACACAACACUGAUCGAUGACAGGGAUCUGAGCUAUGAAGUCUAUCUGUGCCUUCUGGAGGAUGACGUGUACGGGCCCUUUGCAGACAGCAUCAAGCAUUCCAUCGGCCAGGAGUACGAAUUCCACCUCCGCAAAACCCUGGACAAGCUCAACAUUGUGUACCAUGACGAGGAUGAACUCCGCUCCCGAGGCUAUGACAAGACGCCCGACAUCAAGCUGGACAUCCCCAUAGCUGUGGAUGGACAAGUCAUCAACUGGAUCGAGAGCAAGGCGUCUUUUGGGGACGAGGAGAGCCAUCGUUCAUACCUCAAGGACCAGUUCUGGAGUUACUGGAACAGGUUCGGGCCGGGUCUUGUCAUCUACUGGUUUGGCUUCAUCGAGGAACUGGAUGAGCACAGAGAAAAAGGCAUCAUGCUCCGAGACUCCUUUCCAAGCUCUAUCACUUUCAUGGACCCGCUCUCUGUGAACUAAAUCAUCUUCACCUGCAUGCUCAUCUUCAUUUUCACCGUCUUCAUACUCUCAUGCCUCAUUUUCUGCAUGUCUGGUUCUAAAUUGAUGCUUUUUAACUUCUUUCUUAUCACUUUCAUGGACCCACUCUCUGUGAACUAAAUCAUCUUCACCUGCAUGCUCAUCUUCAUUUUCACUGUCUUCAUACUCUCACACUUCAUUUUUUGCAUGUCUGGUUCUAAAUUGAUGCUUUUUAACUUCUUUCUUAUCACUUUCAUGGACCCGCUCUCCAUGAACUAAAUCAUCUUCACCUUCAUUCUCAUCAUCAUUAUCACCACAUUUACCACUUUCAUAUUUUCACCUUCAUAUUCUUACUUUAUUUUUACAUGUCUGUCUUUUAACCCUUUCAUUGCUUAACGCUUGCAGUGGGUGUUAGGCGUAUUUGCUGGUGGCACUAAACACUCACUGCGAGCUCCAGCCGCUCUCAAAUCUCCCACAUAUGAGAGUGUUCCAACACUAAUUCUCACAACAUAGGAUUGCCAAUUGAGUGGGUUCUUCACUAAAUUUGGUGGAAAAUCAUAUCAGCCCAGCGCGGCAAAUCUAUGGACGAGUAACUGGUGGAUGUUCUUGCCCAAUAUAGCGGCAUGUUUGCGAAGCUUCACCUAUCACCUGACUGAUUCUUUGACCAAAUAGUUGUAAAUAUUAGUUGGCAAUACUCCCUUGCCGGAGUCUGAAAAAGAGAUGUCCGCAGUUACCUCAAUAUGGCUGAUCAUCCCGCACGCACCGACGUAAGUGUUAACAUUCAACACUCCCUGAACGUGCAUGUACAUUCGCAAGAGAGGCAUACGUAACUGACUCCUAUAGAUCUGGACCUCCUCUUUCCAGUGGUGUUUAUUGGUUUUUAGCUGUGAUGAAUAGUUUUUGAGAUACAGAGGUUAAAAGAACUCCCCCAUUGGGCUCCUCGACUGUGCUUGAGGGGAUAGUCGCAUCCAGACUGCGCGCAAGGAAAGGGUUAAAUGAAUGUUUUUUGACUCCUUUUCAAGAUGUAUCACUUUCAUGGACCUAUUCUCUGUAAUUUAACAUCCUCAUCUUUACCAUCCUAUUCUUCUCACUGUUUAUAUUCUUCCAUGUUUGUCUUUUAAUUGUCCAUCUUCACAAAUCUGGUUUUAAAUUGACAUCUUCACCUCCCCUUCACCACCAUGCUCACCUUCACCACAUCCUCACUGUUCAUCCCUUCACAAACUCAUCAUCAUCCACAUUCUCAUGGCAUCUAGCACUCUCACCUUUCUUUUAUCUAAUUUAUGCUUGUCAGUUUGUAUGGAGUAUUUAAACAAUGGGUGUAUCUAUCUCUAUUGACACUCUUUCCUUGCAGCCUCUUCAGUGAAAUGGUAAUGAUAGAAGAGUGUCCAUUGAAGAAGGUUAUGUUGAAAAAGAACCUCCUAUAGUCUGUUCACUAAGCCUGACCCAAGCUGACAAUAUAAACCUUAGCGUAUUCGUAAGCACGGUGCAGAUUAGCGGAAAGUGCUGCGUGAGAUGAACACAAACAGAGGUCAAAGAAAACUUGGAAGCCAUAGCAGUAGCCAAUCAGCACUCGGCUUGCAAACACGCUUAGGUUUAUGUUGUCAGCUUAGCUCGGACUUAAGUGAGCAGACAAGUGGGAAAGUACUAUAUGUACACCUGUUUAUAUGAAUAGUUGACUACGUACCUACCUUACCUUCCCUACCUGACGUUUCUCGUUUUGAUAUGGAGAUGUAAUGAGGGUUAGUCUGUCAAUACAUUCCUGAGAUUAUGUAUAUUGUAGAGGCUGAACAGAAGAUUGCUUGUGUGUUGGUAAUAAUGAAAACUUAAAUAAACAGAAAGCAAAUGUGUCAUUGGUGAAAUAAGAAAAAUAAAGAGUACUAGAGUGAGAGAAAAUAAUGCAGUGAUGUAUUGAGGGAUAGUCUGACAAAACAUUCCUGGUAUUAUAUGUUGCUAGUAAAGAUUGAUAAGAAGA